AUAGGCCCAUGGAACUUCUGUGCAGCAACAUCAGACAAUACCGGUAACAUGAAGAAGGCUCGGAGGCUACUUUCUGAGUGUUACCCACACAUCAUCAAUCUUCAAGAUGCGUGUCAUCUCCUUAAUUUGGCCAUGAAGGAUAUCUGCUUGUUACCUGAGUUUGAAGAUGUGAGUGGGCAUCAUUUUCGUCUUGUAAUGUCUUGUGAUCUUGGAAUCUCUUGUGGGCUGGAAGCCAUUUGUGACACUCGCUUUGGCACUAUUUACUGGGCAGCACUAUCAAUCCAACAUGGAUUACCGGCAUUUCAGGCUAUCGUUGAAGAUACUGAUCUUGGUAUUGACAUAGCAUCUCCUAAUGAUCUUUUCAUUCCAGGAGGUGCAAAAUUGAACUUCGAACUGGAGCUCUACAAGCUUCUUGCUAUUAUCAGGCCUUGGACAACAGGCACGAGAUGCCUAGAGGGUGCACACAUCACACCUGACCAAGUUUACUUUGUAUUUCUUGGCAUG